AUGCCUCUCGUCAAAAACCCUAUUCUCCCGGGUUUCAACCCUGACCCUUCCAUCUUGCGAGUAGGCAAAGAUUACUACAUCGCCACCUCAACCUUCGAAUGGUACCCCGGCGUCCAAAUCCAUCACUCGACAGAUCUCGCCAACUGGACUUUGUUGACCCGUCCUCUCACGCGCAAAUCCCAACUCGACAUGCGCGGCGACCCAGACUCAUGCGGCAUCUGGGCGCCCUGCCUCACGCACGACGGCGACAAGUUCUGGCUUGUGUACACGGACGUCAAGCGCAAAGACGGCAGUUUCAAGGACGCGCACAACUACAUUGUUUGGGCGGAUAAGAUCGAUGGCGAGUGGUCUGAUCCCGUAUACGUCAACAGCUCUGGUUUCGACCCGUCUCUGUUCCAUGAUCCGGAUAGCGGGAAGAAGUACUUUGUCAACAUGCUGUGGGAUCACAGACGUCGACCGCUGCUGUUUGCGGGCAUUGCGGUGCAGGAGUGGGAUGCUAAGACGAAGAAGUUGGUGGGCGAGAGGAAGAAUGUCUACCAGGGCACGGAAUUGCAGCUCGCCGAGGCGCCGCAUGUGUAUAAGCGGAAUGGACGGUACUAUAUGCUGAUUGCGGAGGGUGGAACGGGGUAUGAGCACGCUUGUACGUUCGCGAGAGCUAAGGAUAUUUGGGGACCGUACGAGACGCAUCCGGAGAAGUACAUGGUGACGAGCAAGGACCAUCCGAGGGCGGCGCUGCAGAGGGCGGGACAUGGCGAUAUUGUGGAGACGGAGGAUGGGAGGACGUACUUGGUGCAUUUGACGGGACGGCCGACGACCCAACUGAGGAGGUGUGUGUUGGGACGCGAGACGGCGAUUCAGGAAUGUUACUGGAAGGAUGAUUGGUUGUACGUCAAGAAUGGACCGGUGCCGAGUCUUUGGGUGGACGUGCUAGGAGAGAGGGAUGAGAAGAAAUACUGGGAGGAGAAGAGGUAUACCUUUGAGGAUGGGCUGCAUAAGGACUUCCAGUGGUUGAGGACGCCAGAGACGGAGCGCAUCUUCAACACCAAGGAUGGCAAGUUGACGUUGAUCGGUCGGGAAGCCAUUGGCAGUUGGUUCGAGCAGGCGUUGGUGGCCAGGCGACAGGAGCACUUCAGCUACGACGCCGAGACCGUCGUCGACUUUUCGCCCACUGACGAGCGCCAGUUUGCUGGUUUGACUGCGUAUUACUGCCGGUACAACUUCUUCUACUUGACGGUCACCGCUCACUCGGAUGGCCAGCGAGAGUUGCUCAUCAUGUCGUCUGAAGCGUCAUGGCCGAUUGGAAACCUCAACACCCCGUACGUCCCGUACGUCCAGAUCCCGAACGAGGGCAAGGUGAAGCUGGCUUUGACGAUCAGGGGUAACCAGCUGCAGUUCUACUAUGCGGUGUUGGGCAGUGGUGAUGAAGAGCUGAAGAAGAUUGGACCGGUUUUUGAUGCCAGCAUUGUGUCAGAUGAGUGCGGCGGACAUCAGCAGCAUGGCAGCUUUACGGGUGCCUUUGUUGGUGUGGCUGCUUCGGACCUGAAUGGGUUGGCGGCGGAAGCCAAGUUUGACUACUUUGUGUACAAGCCGGUGAAGAAUGAGCAGGAUGCCUAUGUUAGGGACAACGAAUAG